GCUCUCCACUUAUUGCAUUGCUGGCAACGGGUUUUCCGCUUCACAACUCGAAGAAAAAUAUACAAUGAACUACGACUAUCCACAUGUCAAUGAUUCCGAGAUAACCGACACCCUGGAGGACACUUCCGGAUCCGAUAAACCGCGCAUUUUACUCAUGGGUUUGCAAAGGAGCGGCAAGUCGAGUAUUCAACGAGUCGUGUUUGGAAAAAUGCCACCCAACGAUACCCUUUAUCUUGAAAGCACAACCAAAAUCCAGAAAGAAGAUAUCACUCGAUCAUUUAUCGAUUUUCAGAUAUGGGACUUUCCCGGCCAAGUCAAUUUUUUCGACAUGGCCUAUGAUUCGCAAGAGAUAUUUGGAGCAGUGGGAGCGCUGAUAUUCGUGAUUGAUGCACAGGAUGAUUAUAGCGAGGCUUUGCAUCGGUUAUUUUUCACUGUAACCAGUGCUUAUCGUGUCAACCAAAACAUCAGCUUCGAAGUGCUGAUCCAUAAAGUGGAUGGAUUAUCGGACGAUUACAAAAUUGAUACACAACGCGAUGUUCAACAGCGGAUGAGUGAUAUGCUAGCAGAUGCACAACUGGAGCAUAUACAUCUAUCGUACUACCUUACCAGCAUUUAUGACCAUUCAAUCUACGAAGCCUUUAGUAAAAUCAUCCAAAAGUUGAUCCGAGAGCUACCCACUUUGGAAAAUCUACUCAAUGUGUUAUGUCAGAACUCGGGUAUUGAUAAGGCAUAUCUUUUUGACACAUUAACAAAGAUCUACAUUGCUACGGACAGUUCUCCGGUGGAUAUGCAAUCCUAUGAACUGUGCAGUGAUAUGAUUGACGUCAUUAUCGACAUUGAAUGUAUAUAUGGAGCACAAGUGCCUAGUCCAAACGGUCGAUCAUCAAUCAGUGACGAAGAGGACGAAUACGGCGAAAGUCAUCAUGUCAACGGCAACGGUAACGGCACAAGACUCCUACGAGAUCCAUACAAUGGAUCUGGCAACAACAACAUCGUCAAUGACGACGAUGAAGGUGAUGGAGGAGGAGGAGGAGGUGACGGCGAUGACGGCGAUGACGAGAGUCAGGAGCAAUCGUUGAGAAGGGCAGAUGGAGUUGGACUGCAAAAUGAAGCAGAGGCAUCAAGUCUGAUCAAAUUGGAUAAUGGUGAUGUACUGUAUAUGCGAGAAGUUAACAGAUUACUGGUCCUUAUCUGUCUACUGCGGCAUGAUAAUUUUGAGAAGCACGGAUUGAUCGACUACAACUUUCAAUGCUUCAAGGAAGCAGUAACGGAAGUAUUUGAGUUUUCGCAGAAACGAAAUAGCCAACAACAAGAGCAGCAGCAGCAGCAACAAAUGACUCAUUUGGCGCAGCAACAAAGUAACAGUGAAUGAACCGUAAAAUUACACCAAGUAUAUCUUCUACCAUUGUCAAAAAAAAAUUAUAAAUAAAAGAGACGCUCUUCUCCUCUUUCUCUCUCUCUCUUCCUUUCUCUUCACCCACCUCCCCAAAUUUCUGCUUACAAGUCAACAAGAUGACUAUCACAAAACUCGAAAACCAGUUGCCUGAACGGCUACCAAAAAUGGUCGUCUUUGAUCUGGACUACACUAUUUGGGAGACCUGGUAAGGAAGGGGACGGCGAAUCCUUAUUUUGAAAUUUAUCUGU